AUGGAUGGAAGUAAAUACGUUGAAGUAACUAUCACCGAUCCUGACGUCGAAGUUCCAGUAUCCGACACUCAACAUAUACAUUCCGCCUUAAGCACGAUUCAAGAAUACGAUAAUUCGAACAUUCCUCAAUUAUCUCUCGUAAAUUUAUUCCCAGGACACGUUCAGAACUCCAAAAGUUUCAAAUCUGAUGACAUAUUUUCUAAAUCAUCGGAAGAGAACAAAAUUUCAAUUCAACCAUUUGACAUUGAUCUGCUUUUGAGGUACUACGCGUGCAAUUCGAGUAUGGAGAAAUCGAUAAACAAAAUGUUCGAAGCGACAGGAGACAGAGUAUGCAAAGACGUAGAUCGAGGCUCAUUAGUGGAAUUGGGCGCAGUUUAUAGAGUGUUCAAUCUACUUCAACGAGAGUCUUUCGGAAAUAUUUUAUCGUUCGUCACUCCGUUCCGUGACGCCGCAAUCAAGUUACAAUCUCUGUUGAGGAGAUACAGUAACAAUGAACUGGAACAGAUUUUCGCGAGCGAUCCGUCAAUAAAAAUCUGCAAGUAUUGCGGGGUAAUCAGUUGCUCGAAUAAAACAAGCGAAUCGAUCGGAUCGCGGCGAUCGCCGCCUAGAACAUCUUACUUUUUGAAUACGCAGACCCUUUCAGACAACACGAACAGAAACAACGGCUCGGAAUUAUGCAGAGCUACAGAGAAGUUCGAUACACAGAAACCGUUAUCAACGAAGCGUAUCGGGAAGUAUUACAACUCGCGAAAGAAUAUAACUUCUGGUUACAAACGGCUCGAUAACCGAAGAAGCGAUAACUCGACUGACAGGAGUUCAACCGAUAAACAUGACGACAAAAUUCCUUCUCAACAAGUUGAAAUUAUGAUCGCUGAACGCGAGGAUGUUGCAGAUACAGCGAAGUCUGUGCAAAAUGUGGCGAGCGAACAAAUUUCAGAGAACAAGAAGACUUUACGAAACCAAAUGAGUAGUUUACAAAGAUCAGAACCAUCGUCCAUUAAAGCAGAAAAAUUUACAGUGGAAAAUUGUAAUGUGGCUGAUGACACAGAGAAAAAGUUGAAUGAAAACGAUGCGAUGGUUGCUCGCGUUGCUGACGUGACAACCUCAGUUUACGCUGAAUUGUUCAAACUGCACAAUAAUAAGGACUUGACUUCACUUGUCGAUGAUAGUGUGUCACGUAAAAAGCGAACACACGAACCAGUGAUAAGAAGCCAGCGAAGCAUCGAUGAAACUAGUGAAAAAUUCGUGAAAGAUAUUUUAUAUGAACAGUCGGGAACAGAUGACUCUAAAUUCAAAAUUGACAAGCAGCAUAAAAAUAUUCAGGGUGCGAAAGAUUCUCACGAAGUUGAUUCAAUCAUUAAUACAAUGACGUAUUUGGCACACAGUCGUCUCGGUUCGGCAGACACGAAACAAGACGAAUUCGUUUCGCAACUGAAUGACAGAGCUCGGAUAAAGUCUAGAGCCUCUAACAAUAGACGUCGCUUUAUUUUACAUGCCAGUCGGGAUUGUAAUCCGCAAUUAGAUUCAGCGUUUGAUAUGCACAACGAAUUGAAAAAUUCGGGUGGCGGCGUGCGUGGAAAUAAAUGCGAAAAUUUCGAACAUCUCUCUAGAAGCAAUGAACAGUCAACGAGUCUUAGUUGUUUAAUGGAAGAUGAUUCCCUAGAAAAUAUUUCCAGAGCAUUCAGUCCGCCAGUAAACUCGGAUCAAAGCGUCAGUUCCUCUUCCGCGGAGAACAUGAUACGUGAAUGGAUGAAAUGUCCGCGAACGAAAAGCGAAAGCAGUUCCCGCAUUGAUAAUUGCGGAAUAACGGUCAGUUCAACGCCUCUUAUAAUUGGAUUAGACGUUAAACUGCAAACACCGGGUACCAAUGAUAAAUGCGUGUAUUGUACGCAGACUUCCAUUGACAAACAUGUUCUUCAACACAAAGAUUCAACUGGCACAAGGGUAAAAGAUGCAUUAUUAUCUUCAAACGUUCAAAAAGACAAUGAGCUUUCAACUGCACAGGUGUCACAAGUAACCAGUGAGAAUUCAAGGCACGACAUCAGUCAGGAUUCAAUAAGCGACAAUGUGAAGAAGAGAAGGUCUAAAGGAAGCCUCGGAAGUAAAAAGUUCAGUAUAAAGCAGAUACUAGGAUCCUUGAAACCGAUGAAGCUCAAGCAGAGCAAGACGAACUCGAAAUUUUCGACACUGUCUGAAAAAAAUUCAUCGAAUGGUUCCAUUAAAAACGUCACACGGCGCAUCAGUUACAACGAAUCGUUCUUGAAGAGUUUGAUCAAGGACGAUGAAGAAUGCGACGAGGUUGCUGAUACUUUACUACUGUAUCGCAAGAUCCUCGAAGGCACGGAAGAAAUGGACUGGGAGGAUUUCCAGCGAUUCAUUGAGAAAUUACACUCCAGUCAGAAGGAUCUCUGGCGCGACAUUUGCAGCGCCAUUAAUAACGAAGCGAAAAGGUUGGCCGAUAAGGGCGACGGCACGACGGAAGUGUGUAUAGAAAUCAGUUCCGUUCACUGCAAAGGGACAAAGCAAGGGGAAAGAUCGUGCGGCAACGAGAUCGUGUUCGAGAUGGACAUGACGCUCGGAGACCUCGAGAGGUUUCUUGAUAGGAAGCUGGCUUCUACUAAGAAAAGGCAACUUGACACCUUCCGGAGAGCCAGUGAAGUUAUUAGAGUUCGAAAUGAUGACGUUUGUGAUACUAAAGUGGUCUCCAAUCAAGCUGAGUAG